AUGGCGCGUGUCUACGCCGAUGUCAACGCUAAUAUGCCCCGGUCGUACUGGGACUACGACUCGGUGGCCAUAUCCUGGGGUGUGCUGGAGAACUACGAGAUCGUGCGCAAGAUUGGUCGCGGCAAAUAUAGUGAAGUGUUCGAAGGCAUCAAUGUGGUCAACUACCAGAAAUGCGUCAUCAAAGUCCUCAAGCCAGUCAAGAAGAAGAAGAUAAAGCGCGAGAUCAAGAUCCUACAGAAUCUGUCCGGCGGCCCAAACAUUGUUGCCCUUCUCGACGUGGUGAGAGAUAGCCAGAGCAAGACACCCAGCCUCAUCUUCGAGAACGUCGACAACACAGAUUUCAGGACGCUAUACCCUCGAUUCGUCGACUACGAUGUCCGAUAUUACAUCUUCGAGUUGCUCAAGGCACUCGACUUCUGCCACAGCAAGGGAAUCAUGCACCGAGAUGUCAAGCCGCACAACGUUAUGAUCGACCACCAGAAAAGAAAGCUGCGGCUCAUCGACUGGGGUUUGGCUGAGUUCUACCAUGCCGGACCAGAACUGCUAGUCGACUUCCAGGAAUACGACUACUCGCUCGAUAUGUGGUCGCUGGGAGCCAUGUUUGCUUCCAUGAUCUUCAGAAAAGAGCCAUUCUUCCACGGCAACAGCAAUUCAGAUCAGCUAGUAAAGAUAGCCAAGGUUCUGGGAACGGAUGAAUUGUUCGAAUAUCUGGACAAGUACGAUAUAGAGCUCGAUGCCCAAUAUGACGACAUUCUUAGCAGGUUUCCCAGAAAGAGCUGGCAAAGCUUCGUCAACCAGGACAACCAACGGUUUGUAAGCGCAGAGGCCAUCGACUUCCUUGACAAGCUAUUACGAUACGACCACCAGGAACGCCUAACAGCGCAAGAAGCGAUGGCCCAUCCCUACUUCAACCCAGUCCGAGCGACGCUUACGCAGAAUACCCAGAAUCACGUUUCAUGA